AUGGCGGCGGAGGAGAGGCGGCUGGUGAUCGCCGUCGAGGGGACGGCGGCGCUGGGGCCCUACUGGCCCGCCAUUUUGGGGGACUACGUCGAGAAGAUCGUGCGGAGCUUGUGUGCAAGUGAACUGCCAGGGAAGAAGCUGGCAGGGGCACCUCCUGAGCUUGCAUUAGUUGUGUUUCAUACCCGUGGACCUUACAGCGCUUUUUGUGUGCAGAGAAGUGGAUGGACAAAAGAUAUCGAUGCUUUCCUAUCAUGGUUAUCUGGAAUAUCAUUCACUGGUGGAGGAUUAAGCGAAGCUGCUACUUGUGAAGGUCUUACUGAAGCAUUGAUGAUACUCCAUGGCAGUCGCAAUACAACCCAGAAUAAUCAAAACCAGGAAGCACAUAAGCAUUGCAUACUUGUCGCUGCAAGUAAUCCAUAUCCUUUGCCUACACCUGUCUACUGUCUUCCUAUUCGAUCUACUGAUCACAGAAAGAACAUUGAGUCGUCAAAAGAGCCUUCUAUUGCUGAUGCUGAAACUUUUGCAAAAUUAUUUCCUCAGUGCUCUGUCUCAUUGUCGGUGAUAUCUCCAAAACAGCUUCCGACACUGAAGGCAAUAUACAAUGCGGGCAAACGAAAUCCUCAAGCUGCUGAUCCACCAGUUGAUCAUGCAAAAAACCCACAGUUCCUUGUUUUGCUAUCUGAGAAUUUCAUGGAGGCGAGGACUGCUCUAUCUCUUCCUUUACGUGGGAACUUGGCCCCAAAUCAAACCAAAUUGAAGAUGGACAGUGCAUUUGCCAACCUCUCAGUGAGUGGACCAAUGAUUGGCUGUAAACCAGUUGGUGUAGUAGGCAUUUCUACUGCAACUGUUAACGUGGAACCAGCAACAAUACCUGCUAUGAUAUCUAGUUCACAAUUAGGACAAGGUGGAGUUGGUGCAAGUGGCCUUGGGCCUACAGCAAUCAGUUCAGUGCCUGCUAUGACGCCAACACCUGGGAUUGCCCAACAGGCAGGUGCCAAUUUCCUAGGUGUGACUAACAAUUUUGACAUAAAUAUGCCUAUUGGGCAGCAUCCCAAUGCCCAACAACCACCAUCAAAGUUUGUCAAAAUUUGGGAGGGAACUUUGACCGCGUUAAGGCAGGGACAGUCUGUAUUUAUUUGUAAACUCGAAGGUUAUAGGAGUGGAGCGUCAUCUGAAAAACUUGCAGCGGACUGGCCAGACACUAUGCAGAUUGUUAGCCUCAUAAACCAGGAGGAUAUGAACGAUAAAAAAUAUGCUGGCAAGGCAGAGUUUCUAGUAUUCCGGAGUUUAAAUCGGCAUGGUUUCCUCAGACAACUAAAGAAGAAGAAGCUGUGUGCUGUGAUACAAUUACCUUCACAAACUCUAUUGCUGUCGGUGUCUGGCAUAGAGGGCCGCCUGAUUGGCAUCCUCUUCCCUCGGGACGUGGUGGAAUACAGACCAUCAAAUCAGCCGCAGAUACAGCAGCCGCAAGCCAUCCUGCUUCAGCAGCCGCUACACCAAAAACAGCACCAACAGAGUUGAACGAGUUUACAUUGACUCUGAGGGGUGGUGUCGCCCUUGACAGCACCAACAGCACUUACAGUGUUACAUGAUGGAUAAGAAUAUAAAUGUAACAUUAUUCUACUGGGUUGGCCUAAACGAUAAAUACUUUGUGCAACGUAGGGGCAGCUACCCAACCCCCCCUCGGCACGUGGAUCCAAGGGAAUAUAUGAUGCAAACUUACAAAGUAUUAACGAGACGUAUUAUAGACGGUA